CACUGUGACUGAGCUGGUUGCCAGUGCAGCUCUGCCUUGCUUUGUUCUCAUUAUAUAGCAGCAGCGGUGGUGUUUCUGGGAGCAUGGAGGGAGCAAGGACUUGUUCAAAUUUUGAAUGGAUUAAGUCAUAUACAGGUGUGAUGGAGCCUUUAUUUUCCAGCGUGUCUGGAUACUUUGUGGCCAUUCUUCUCUUACUGAUGGUAGCACCCACCUCAGAGCAUUUCACUGUGAGCAGCUCCAGGAGCCACCAGGUGGCCAUGUUAGGCGGACAUGCUGAGCUCAGCUGCCAGCUGUCCCCACCACAGAAUGCAGAACACAUGAACGUAGGCUGGUACCGGGAUCACUACUCUCAACUAGUUCACGUGUAUGAGCAUAGGAAAAAACUCUCCGGAAAAAACACUCAGAACUAUGUAAAUCGGACAGUGUUACUGAUGGACGCCUUGGGAGAGGGCAAAAUGACGCUCAGAAUCCACAAUAUCAGUGUUUUUGAUGAGGGGCAGUACCACUGUUUCUUUCAAGAUGAUGACACCUAUGAAGAGGCCACCACGGAUCUGAAGGUGGCAGCUCUUGGCAUGAACAUACAGAUUAAUCUUCAGGUUUCUGACACAAAAGAUAUCAUCGUGGAGUGUAGCUCAGGAGGGUGGUUUCCACAAGCCCUGAUGGAGUUGAGAGACAGCAGAGGGAACGUAAUUCCACCCUCAUCAAAAAUCUCCUCUCAGGAUGUAGCUGGAUUAUUGCACCUAAAGAUGAGUGUUCUUCUCAAAAAUAACACCCAUCGUUCUGUCACUUGCUGCUUUCAUAACCCGGUUACCAGUCAAAAGAAAAGGGCAGGUAUUGUCCUACCAGAUAUCCUGCUCAAUUCUGAGUAUUGGUCGACAAUGUCACAGAUGUGUUCAUGGCUCCUUCCACAUUUCAUCUUUAUGUCUGUUUUUCUGAUAUUUAGAAUGAAAGUUCCACAGAAUAAAUGGUAUUUUUCAGUAGUUGAGUAUGUACCUUUCCUGAUGCAGGCUGCCAUCUUUCCUGUCUACUGGAUGUUCAAGAAAAGAGUCUCUGUUUUAGAUGACCUGUCAUUUUAUAGUACCUGGAUGUGUGAUUUUUCUGUGAUCCUGAGUGUGCUGAUGUGUUUUUUCACCAUACUCAUUUGUGGUCUACUUUGUACUCUGAAAGCUUUUCUAUAAUCAUGGACAUCUGACUCUUCAUCUGAAACAUAGGACACUUGAGGACAGCAGAACCAGUUACAUAAAACUUUGAGAAAAAAGCACUUUGGAUCAAUGGUCUGUACUUUUGUGCAAAGUCAAAUAAU